AUGUUGAGUCUUCACAGCGGUGGCGGCAUUGGUGGGCUUUGCCUAGCUGUCGCGUUAUCCAGGUAUCCAGAUAUACAAGUGGACGUAUAUGAAGCAGCAGAGCGAUUCAAGGAGAUCGGAGCCGGCGUGAUGAUAUGGUCCCGCACCUGGGAGAUAUUAACACUGCUUGGAAUGGCAUCAGACUUCUCUCAAAUUGCGCACGCAACCCCGGAUGGAUCACUCGGUGUUGGAUUCGAUUACCGCAAGUCUGAUCAGCCAGAGGGGUCUCAGUUUUACCUAUUCGAGCUACCUUAUGGCUGCAUUAGGUUCCACAGGGCUCAGUUCCUUGAUGUUCUCGUGAAGCAUCUUCCAAAAGAUGUGGCCCAUUUUCGGAAACGACUGUUGUCGUAUUCGCAAGAGGCUUCAGACGGUCAUCUCGAUCUCCAAUUUCAGGACGGUUCGACGGUAACGUGCGAUCUCCUCGUCGGGUGUGACGGAAUCAAGUCCGGCGUCCGGAGACAGAUGCUGAAAGAGAAAGCCCAAGCAGGACAAGCAGAUUUACUUCGUCUGAUCGAGCCAGUUUGGACCGGCACCAUCGCAUAUCGUGGACUCAUUCCCGUACACCGUCUCAUACGAGCGGAUGGGCAGGAACAUAGGACAAUCCAGACGCCCAUGAUGGUCGCAAGAUCGCUGCAUAUGCCGAAGUCUUCUGCGCAGCAUGUCGUGAGUUACUCGAUCUCGAGGGGCAGUGUAGUAAAUGUUGUCGCGCUCGUCUCUCGCCCUGAGCAAGAGGGUGCUCCAUAUGAGGGACCCUGGGUGACAGAUUGUUCUGCGCAAGAGCUUCACGAAUGUUACGCUGGAUGGGAGCCAGAGGUUGUAGAUUUGAUCAAGUGCAUCGAAAACCCUACGCGCUGGGCCAUCCAUCACCUUCGGCCAUUGCCGUUCUAUACUACGGAUAGAGUCGUCCUUCUUGGCGACGCGGCACACGCAAUGAGCCCGCAUCAAGGAGCCGGUGCGGGACAAGCCAUCGAGGCAAAUCCCUGUCAUCAGGACGCAUUCGUCUUAGCGCGUGUCCUCGGAGACCCUGUUACUACGAUGUCGACUCUACGACAUGCGAUCUCGGCCUACGAAUACGUUCGAUUACCGCAGGCGAACCGGGUCCUCCUUGGUUCACACAUAUCGGGGAUGAUGUAUGAAUUUGAUGGCCCGGCCCAGGUUGACCUCCAACGAUUAGGACCAAUGAUUGGGGCUCAGUGGGACUGGUUGAACGAGACCACACCUGAAGAAGAGGGGCGUAGAGCACUGUCGUGGAUGCAAGACCGUAUAGAAAGCUUGUAG